UCUGCUAAGACACUGGCGUGACGUGCUUCCGGUGCGCGAAGUGGAGAAGAUGGCUGCAUCCCAGCCACAGCCUUCAACCAGCGCCGCUGCUGCUGGCAUGUCGGGUCCGGGCUCGGCUGGGGGUCCGAGUACCCAGCAGCAACCGCAACCGCCGACACAACUGGUGGGGCCUGCCCAGAGCGGACUCUUACAACAACAGCAACAGGACUUCGAUCCUGUGCAGCGCUAUAAGAUGCUCAUCCCGCAGCUGAAGGAGAGCCUACAGACCUUAAUGAAGGUUGCUGCCCAGAACUUGAUUCAGAACACUAACAUUGACAAUGGACAAAAGAGCAGUGAUGGACCCAUCCAGCGCUUUGACAAGUGUCUGGAGGAGUUUUACGCACUCUGUGACCAGAUGGAACUCUGCCUGCGCCUGGCACACGAGUGCCUGUCACAGAGCUGCGACAGUGCCAAGCACUCCCCAACGCUGGUGCCCACUGCCACCAAACCCGACGCAGUACAACCGGACAGCCUACCCUACCCACAGUAUCUGGCGGUCAUCAAAACCCAGAUCGCCUGCGCCAAGGACAUUCACACGGCCCUGCUGGAGUGUGCCAACAAGGUCACGGGCAAGACUCCUGUGCCACCAAGCGGCCCUGGGGGCACCCUGUGAGGGACGGGACUGGGUGGGGUGUGGGCUGGCGAAGAGAGGGGAAUAAAGGACCUCAAAACUU